AUGGCCACAGAAGGACCGCUACACGUUCCAAGAGUUGAUAGUUUUCCGAAAAACCCUGUUCCUACCCAACAACAAUCGAUGUACCCACCUCAACGCGAAAAUUAUUCUGAGUCUUCAGCAAGCGAUCAGUCUAAUCAGAAUCAACAGCAACAGGCUGGAAAUCUCAUGCGGGGUUACUCAUUCUUGGCUGAUCAGAUUUAUCGAUCAGUUUCUAAUCCACUUUAUAAACUCGUACAAACUGUAGAGGACACAGUAGGAAGUGAAAAUUCGAAUAAACAAGUUGAAGAAGUCUUCCGGCAUGGAUAUCAAGGAUAUCAGACUGCGGCGAAUCUAAAAUUUGAAUCUAACGGGACUUUUGAAGGAGAAAAUGUGGCGAAACUCUCUGAACAACAAGAUCUAAGUGCGCAUCAGAUACACCGACAACAAAAUUUCAACAACUGGGAGACAAACGCGGUCAGGAGUGUUCAGCAGUGGUAUCCCCGAAAUGCCAAUGAUGUUUCACAACCUACAAAUGAAGCCUACAGUAAUGAUGCCAACUGGCCAACAGCUCAUGGAUCUCAAAGUGAGGCUUCCAAGUCUGAGACCCCUCCUCCACAGUCCAACUCUCCCAGUAAAACAGUUGUGGCAUUUCAGCAACAACAAGUCCACCAAAAUAGAUACCAUCAACAGUAUUUUCAAGAGUGGACUGAGGCAAAUCCAACCACAAACACAAAUCCAGUUGCUAAUCCAGCUGCCUUUUAUCCACAACAACAAUUUGAUGCCCCAGUGGCACCUACAGGCAACUCCUCUUCCCCUCAAAUAAGUGAGGAAGUCACAUUUUCCCAGACUGCUAACAAUUCAGCUCCUGAUGCUCCUUCAUGUCCUGGCUGUUGUGUGCCAUCUACAGCGACUUCACAUCAAAAUACGGUGUAUCCAGAAUCGGGGGGAGGUGAUUUGCAUAAUGGUUUGUGUCUGGUUGAUCCAAUGCGAGCCUUACCACGCUACCUCACUUCUGGUUUAUGGCCUCCGGUCAUCAACCAGCUAGAAUGGAAUGGCGGCACAGUGAUGGGUGAUGAUGAUGCAAGAUUACUUGAAAUGAACCGAUUUUACGGAGAUGGGAGCUACCGAAUGCCAGGAAGUGCCAUUGCAGCGAAUGUCUAUCAAGGCUACCCAGGUGUACAAGAUACGAAGGACUUCUUUUUCGCUCCUUCGAGGUAUUCAACAGCUGGAGAUGUGGUUUUCCGUCACAAAGCGGAAGCCCAUCGAUUAUCUGUGGCUGCGGCAGUUCCAGCAGUGGAUUGUGACCCCCAGGAGUUGGAAGCAUUUGCAGAGCGGUUUAAGCAAAGAAGGAUAAAGUUAGGAGUUACUCAAGCGGACGUUGGAAAAGCUCUUGGACGUCUUAAUCUUGCAGGAGUGGGCUCAUUUUCUCAAUCGACAAUUUGCCGGUUCGAGUCUCUCACACUCAGUCACAACAAUAUGUUGGCUUUGAAACCUAUCUUACAAGCUUGGUUAGAUGAAGCUGAACAAGAAGCGACUGCACGACAAAAGAAUCCAAGUGCUUAUGAUCUCGAAGAGGAUGACAAAAAGCGAAAACGCACUUCAAUAACCGAUCCAGAGAAACGAUCUCUGGAAGCCUUUUUUGGAAUCCAACCACGGCCUUCUAGUGAGAAGAUAGCCCAAAUUGCGGAGAAAUUGAAUCUCAAGAAAAAUGUUGUGAGAGUGUGGUUUUGUAAUCAGAGACAGAAACAGAAAAGAAUGAAAUUUUCCACGGUGGGACUGCUACAUCAGGUGAACUGA